AUGGCCUCAGACAUGGCUGAAUUCCUUAAAGAAAACUUCUUGGUAUCUGUCCAAGAUAGUGAGUUUACUAGCCCAUCACCUACUAUCAAUUCCCUAUUGAAUGAUAUAAAAAAUGAAUUCAUAGAGAACAAGGGAUUCUGGUCACCACCACCUGCUGCGUCCCUCUCUGAUUUGUACCAAAUGGAUCAUGUAAUUGCCGAGUGUCGAUCAAACAAGAGAAUCUUCUCCAAGUUCUCUCGUCUUGAUCUAGUACGUACCAACGAGAGGGUGUUGAACAAUAUCAAGCACAACCUCCUCAGCAUGGAGAAGUCCGAAGUGAAUGCAAACUCAACCUCCACCUUAUACUCUUCAUGCAUGUACCUCACAAUAAAUGAUACACCAACACUUUCAGUAUUCGACAUGGAAAUCGAAAAGAUUGUGGAUUGGCUUCAACCCAAUGAUGGGUUCAAGGCCAUAGGUGUUCACGGAAUGUGUGGCACCGGAAAGACAACUGUUGCCAAAAGGGUUCUGAACGAUCCACGUGUCAGACGCAAGUACGAGAAGCCAAUAUGGGUGUGUUUGUACGACUUGAAAUCACGCGAAGAAAUGGAUAUUAGGAUUGUCAAGGAGAUUUUGGAACUUCUGGAUGAUGAUCCUGAUUUAUUGACGGAGGAACCUGAAGAUAAUUGGCUGGUGAAUAAACUUCAUGAUAAACUCAUGGCUCAGAAGAAGUACUUGAUUGUGUUGGAUGGUGUGUGGCACUGCAACGAUUGGUUUAAUGAUUUGUUAUAUGUUGAUGAAAGUGGUGGUGAUACGAGCAAGGUACUACUCUUUUCCCAAGCCUUGCCCAAGCACACUGGUGGUGCUGUCAUUGUCACCAGCAGACAAAAGGAGGUGACUACUAAAUUGGUGCAUGAAGAGAAUUUGAUUCAUCUUGGGCCUUGGGAUGACACAAUUUUGAAGGAGGUUGUGAAAGAGUAUUUGAAAAGGCAUGUUUUUAAGAGUCCUGUGGAAAUCACUCAGGAAAAGAUUGAUUGUGUGGCUUAUCAUUGCCAUGGUAAUCCUUUUGUCGCUGCAACCCUGUCAGGUUGGAUAGCUGAGCAGAUCACCAAAAAAGUCUGA